GAAGCCGGUGACAACGAAGAAGUAGUUAAAGAGGAAGAGAAAAACAACAAAAAGCAAAAGCUGGAUAGUAGCUUUUACCAUUUCUGUCUUCCAACCGUCGAAGAUUAUCGGGAAAUAUGGACCAGUAUGGCGAAAAUGAUAUAAUACAACAAUUACUUGGAAUGAAUUUAGUACCAAGAAAAAAUGCCACUCAUCGAUACAACGACACAUCUCUCGCUGAUUUCUCCGAAAUGUGGUAUGGAGUUUUUCUCUGGGCAGGAGUCUCCUCUCUGAUCUUCCACCUGCCUGCAUCUCUGCUAUCAUUUGUUGCACUUCGGCAGCACAAAAUGGCCCGAUUGAUGCCCAUUGCCAUCCUCUUAAUGGGCAUCCUUGGUCCUGUGGGUGGAGGAGUCCUCACAAGUGCAGCCAUCGCGGGUGUUUACAAGGCAGCGGGAAAGAGGAUGAUCUCUCUGGAGGCUUUAGUUUUCGGUGUGGGACAGUCCUUUUUGAUUGUUAUUAUUUCCUUCCUUCGAGUUCUUGCCACCCUUUAGCAAGCACUGAGAAGGCUGGCCUGGCCUUAUUACUUGUUGGAACUUGCUGUGGAUUGGACAAAUUGAGACGUGUUCGGCCUUGGAUGUGUCUUCAUUACCUGCUGACCGAGCAGGCCGAGAAUGAAUUCCUCUUGGCUAAAACAAGGAAAAGCAAAUUCAAG